GGGGCGGGGUUGGGCAGUUUGCGGGUCAGUCCGGGACCGGGUUGGAACGCGGCGCUCGGGCCGCGCGAGAGAGCGAUUGCGAGCCGAGCAGAGGCAACGGCUCGCGCUCUCGGGGGACCAACAACGGAUUCGCCCCUCCCCCCCCCCCACUCCAUUGGUCGCGCCUCGUUCCAGCUCCCGCCGCCGGCUGCGCUUCACCGGGACCAUCCGUCCCGCCCGCCUCUCCGAGCCCGCUACAUGCUCAGAAAAAAGCUUCUGCUGAAAAGUUGCUGCAGUUCCAUCUUUUGCCCACCAGAGGGUGAUAGACCACAGCAGCUGCUGCCAGUCAGCUAGGGAAGAGAAAGCGCCUGCAGAGCCUUCUUCACCGCGCCUGUAGGGCCAGGUUGUAUGAAGACGGGAAGCCUCCUGUCCGGAAUACCAUCAAAUUCUGAAUUUAAACUCAACAGAAAUAAAAGCAACACGAAGACAGGAUGAACUGGAAUGUAAGACCACCCCAAAAUGCUGAUAAUCAGAAGAACUUGCAAAGUCAAGGAAUUCAUUUUUCUCACACGCUUUCUAAUGCAUGUGCUUUCCCUCAGACAAGCACGUACUCUACUCAGAAUGCUUGUACUUAUCCUGGAAGUAACCAGACGGCAUAUCUGCAGUCUAACAUGAACAUGGUUACAAAUCGAUUACCUUUUCAAAAUACUGAGGGAUACAAAACAUUGCAGCAAGCACUUCCAAAAGAAUCUGUACCUGGUAGAGUUUUUGUUACCUCGCAACGUUCAAUUGAGAGGCAUCCACCUUCACGUGUACAGAUGAGGAGGCUUAUCCCUAAACAGGCUACACAUGUGCCAGUAGAGACUACUCUAAAUCUUUGGCCAAACUCUGUGUCCAACAUGCAUGCUUUUUCCCAAUCAAGAAUAGCUACUGCAUCAUCACAAACAAGCCCUGCAAACAAUUUACAGAGUAUACCACAGAAGCCACAGAAUCAGUAUUUGACUACAAAUACGUAUCCUAUGCAGCCUCAAAUAGCACAACCUAAUUUUGCAAGAACUGUGAUGUUUUAUCAAGGUAACCAAGCAUGCAAUACGUCUUCACAGGAGCUGCCAAUAGAAUGGGUACCACAAUACAACUUGAAUGGGCCUGCAUCUUCUCAACAAUGUACUACAAUACCUAUUAAUCAGUCAUCAAAUGAGUGUGUAAAUUCUCAACAGAACUCUUUGGCUUUUGCUUUGCCUACACAACAUCUCCAGCAACAAGUACACUGUCCAAGCACUCCAUUUCAGAAUACACAUUCAUCAAGUCCAAACACUGCAAUAGGUGUACAAUCGCAACAAUAUGCACCAGCCCAAAUUGGCUCUGAAGAUCAUAAUGGAAAUCCUCCACAUUAUCCUUCUAGUUAUGAUUGUAGAGCUGCAGCACAAUCUUUGACAGGUCUUCAACAGGUAGUUCCAAGUAUAUCUAAUGAACAUAUCCAAAACCACCAGAAACCUAUGUCAGAUCACAGUAAUGUUUCUUACGUUAAAGAUGUACAACAGCACUGGCAGAACCUAGAGUCUGGAGAAACCAGUCAGGCAACUGGAAAUGUUUAUAAUUUAAGUGGGAAUGUGACAGCAAAUCAGUCUUUUAAUGCAACAGCUAAGCCUUCAACAUACAUUUUAGAAAGGUAUUUUAACAGCAUGCAAGAAGCUGUGACAGUUCCUUCUGAGCCACCGAAUAAAAUAGCUUCAGUACAAGAAAGCCCAAUUAGUGGUUCAACAGAUUUGCCCGAUAAUUCUAAAAGUAUUUCAUCAACAGAUGAUAGAUUGAAAGUAACAAAAGAGAGUCUGGCUGUGGAAGCUCAGAAAUUGUUGGAAAUUAAAAAAAAAUAUGCAAUACUUGAAAGGGUUUUUUUAAUAAAACAAAAACUCUUGGCAUCUUCAGAACAUAAUAAAAUGACCUCUGACCUUCCUCCACAAAAUCGAAACACUAACCUUAAACUUUUUCCACAUGUGGCCAAUCAGACUGAAACAUUUUCACACUCUGGUACAGUGGGAAUGAAGAGUCAACAACUGCCACUUCGUCAGUCUUCACUUGAAGAAAGAAACGACAAAAACAUUACCAACACUGGCAGUGAAGGAUUAGAUAAGACUCCAAAUAGUCAUUGGAUUAACCAAGGAAAUUCUGCUUCAAGCUCUGUUUUGAUUGCCUAUCAGGAUAAACUCCCAAUUCAUUUAAAUAAUCUUGAGAGAACUUCAGUAUUAGGCCCAAAGAAUGCACCAGCUGCAGGUCCUACUCAAGAGACCAGGAAAUGCACCGAAAACACUUUGGGUUUUACCAAACUUAGUAGCUCUGAUAGAGUCCUACCAGAAAAUAUAUCAGUUAGCACUGGGGAAGCCUCACUUCUCCACUCUGUUCUUCUAAGUAGCGUGAAUAUUUUGCAAGAAAAAAAGUCUGGUGCUCUUGCUAAUAAAAUGUCUAGCCUCCUUCAAAAUGAAAAAACAACUUCCAAUUUAACACUGUCAGGAGGAAGUUCACUGGCCAGCAAAAGAGAAGCAAAAGGUGCUGUAGAGACAGUGCAGUGUUCAAUAUCUGCAUAUCCUGAAUUGGAUCAGCACACUAAAGGCGUUUGUUCUCAGCCAACGGAGAACACCAAAACUUUGAACAAUGAGAAGAUAUUCGGUUCUUCUCACAUAAAUCCUCUUGCUUCAGAAACAGCUGAACUAGGUGUAACUAAUGGUGUAGCUGAGAAUACACCACCACCAGUUGUUACUGGAAACUCAUUUUCUAAAAUGAACAGCUGUACUACUUCUAUGGAAGAGCUAGCAGCAUGUCUUGCUUUGUGGAGAAAGAGUCCUUCAGAAUCUGUGGAUGUUCAAUAUAGUCAGUCAAAUAAAAGCAUAGAAUCAAAUCUGAUUUCAUCAUCUUAUGAAGGAUUUAAUGAUCAGAGUACAUGUCGUAUCUUGGAAAACAACCAAAUUGCAGUAGCUAAAAGAGACCUAAAUAAAGUUACAAUAAGUACAAAUGAAACAACUUUGUCUUCUGCAACAACUUCUGUUGGGCAAAAACAUGAUACAUUGGGUUCCAACUUGAUCAAAGGUUUUGAACCCCAAGUUGCUGUAGUUUCUCCUUUAAUACUUUCUAAAGAGAGAACUUCAAGUGAACAUCAAGAAAAAAAUGCAACAUUUUCUGCUGAAAUAAUUUAUCCAGUGAUUGAAGGAGGUAGUGUAUGUAGUCUACAAGAAAAGAAACAAAAAGAUAUUUCAGUAGUGGCAAAUACCGAUAAAGGGAUAGUGGAAACUACUUAUUUACUAUCCGAUAAAUGUAUUCCAAUACGGAAAGUGGAUUCAGAUAUGCAGUACACCAAAUCAGCUAAUGGAAACAAAAUAGUAAAAGAUGCUGUAAAUUCAAACUGCUCGUAUGAUGUAAACAACAGGAAAGCUGAUCAGUUUGCACAAGAAGUGAAAAAAACUAAUAUGCAGCUCAGUUUACAAAACAAAAUUUCUUUGCCCAAAACAAGCACAAAUGGUUCUAGUCCAGUGUCUCAAGAAGAGCUAACAAAGAAUAAAGAUUGUGAGGACUUUGUAGAACCAGGGGGCACUACCACGAUUGUAUCAGAGGAUGACAUGUUACAGAUUUCCAGCGUAUGUUCACUUGUUGAAAGUGAUGCAUCUUAUAAUUCACAAAUAGCCAAUAUGUUCAGUUCUGUCCCUUUGAUGCAUUUAGAGAAAAAUGGUGCCUUGUUAGAAGAAAAUAUCUCUAAUGCAAAGCAUAAAGAACAACAAUUGGACACUUGUAAAGGAGAAUCUGAAAUGAAAACCAGUGUGUUUGAGGGGGAGAGUUUUCUGCCAUUGCAAAAACCUGCAUCUAAAGCAGGUUCCACAACAAAGUCAUUAGGAGUACCAAGUUUAGAGAUGUUUUCAUGUGAUACAAAUCAGUGUAAUACAAAGCUUUUGGAUGAUGUAAAUGUAAGCAGUUUGGAGGAAGAAAAAAAUGAAGACACUUCUAAAACUAUUUGUCGCUUGGGACAAAAAAUAGUGCAAAAUAUAGUUUCCGGGAAUGGAGAAAAUAUUGUUGAUGUUAACCAGGAGUUGAUCAGAAAUAAACAAGACCCAUCAUUUAAUGUAAUUGGUGAAACAGAUGUCUAUUCUACUGCAAAGGAAGAAAAUACACAAGAACAUAUAUUCAGUGAAGGGGAAAAUACAAUGGACAAUGGGAUUAGUGGUAAUAGAGCUGUACCUGUAACCUUUCUAAAUGAUCAGCUGACUGAACUUUUGAAAGAGUUUCCUUAUGGGAUUGAAAGUGCAGACGUACUGAUGAAAGAGCUGACUAAAAAUGAAGAUUCUGUGAUUGAGCCAACAGAGAAUCAAGUUGAAAAAGGAACUCAAGCUUAUAGCAAAAGCUGUGAUCCUAAGGAUCCAAUAAACCAAAUAAAAAUCACAAUACUAAAUUCGGAACAAAUGAAAGAACUGUUCCCUGAACAUAGUCAACAAAACACUGAAAAUCAACAACUGGAAAUCAGUUCAUCAGAGAGAGAGACUUUAGAAAGCUAUAUCCAGCCUGAUCAGAAUCUAGGCAUGGAGGGGGAAAAGAACACACAGGAAAACGCAGCCCCAAAACGAGAGAAAAAAUUUACGUAUUGUUGUUUAAUGGGUUGGUUAGCUUCAGUUUAUGCAGUGCCAGGGUGCUCAUGCAAAUCUCAAGAGGAUGUUGCUUCAGAGAAACAGGAUGGUGGCAAUCAGUGUUCAGAAUCUGAAAACACUGACUUUAAAGGGAGACAGGAAACAACUAGUAGACCUGGUCGCAUAACAAAGACUAACUGUGCAGUGGAAAACAACCUGCAGCUUCCUGUCAAAUUACAUGAUACAAGCAAAAAUCUUCCCACAUUAGACAAAGAUAGAAAAUAUGCCCCAAACUCUACAAUAAACAAAGAUAUUAAGCUAAAAGUAAGUAACAAAUCAGCUAAAGCACACCAAGAAAUAAUCAGACCUUUUCAUCCUUCUGAGAAAAGAGAAACUGAUCAAUUCAAAAGAAUGAAUGGCCAGUGGAGGGGAGAGUUGCAACUCCAUGUCUUAACUCCCUCUUCGGGAAAAGAAGUUCAGACUAGUGAAACAGAUUCUCAGAGAUGCACAAGGGAGGAAUUUGCUUCAGGAAAGGUCCAUCAUACAAAUGUACAACACUUGAUAAUAUCAGCUAAAAAAAAAGAAAAAGUCUAUAAAAUGGAAUCUUUUGAAAAAGAUCAAACACAAACAGAAGGGUUGGCCAUGAAAUCCAAGACACAUGUCCACAAUUCAAAAAUUUCAGAAACCAUCGAGGUCAAACAAACUAAAAUAUACGAAGAACAUAAAUAUAAAAAACUUGAACUGAGUGCAGGUGAAGCACACAGAGUUAAGAGACAUAAUUACACAUUUAGCAAGAACGGACAAAUUAAAGAGAAGACAAAAUUGUCAACGGAAAUAAAACAUAAGUCGGAUAAUCAUCCUGGAGCCACAAGAAAAUCCCCAAAUGCAAGCUCAAGAAAGUAUGAAUAUUCUCAGCAUAAAUCUAUAAAUGUCCUACCUUCACAGGAACGUUUAUAUAGACGAAAACGGAAAGAAAACAUGAUUGGGAAGAGAGACUCAAAAAAAACAAAAUUGGAAAGUGAAAGAAUCAAAUAUGAAACAAACACUUUUGAACGUGCAGGAUAUAAUAAACAAAGUACUGAUGUGGCAUAUUUUGAGAAAUCUGCGACAUCGAAAGAAGAAAAUGUCUGGAAAUAUAAAAACUUCUUAGCAAAUCAUAAUUAUAUCCCCAAACCAAAGAAAAAAAAAGGACGCCCUUCUAAAAAGUCUAAAACCUACUUUUCUGGCAAAGAGAAAGACCUGGAUGUUCAGAUCAGAGAGAAACAUUCUGAAAAAAAUCCACAGUGUUUAAGUAGAAAAACUAGUAGACUGAACAUUUCUCUUCAAAGGGAACAAAAAAAAACCUAUCUGAAUAGAGUUGCGUUUAUACGUACUGCCCAAGAAAGCAUUUGUCUGACAAAACUAGACACAUCACCUGCCAAACCUGUAUGGCAUAUAAAAUCUAAUAAAGUUUCAGAGUCCAGCCAGGACUGGAAAACUGAUUGCUCACCUUCAGAAGAGGAUAAACCACACAGACCACAAAUGCUUGAGUUUAAAUUAUGUCCAGAGAUACUGUUCAGAAAUACAGCCACUGAUGGAGAGAGUCUGGAUAUUGCACACUCCUCUGAAAGAGACACAUCCCUUGUGGCAGGGGUCAAAAGCAAAAAGGAAGACUGGUUAAAUUAUAUCCCAAUGAAGCAAAGAAAAACUGAAGGAACAGCUCAAGUUAAUGAUAAUAUUCCACUUGAUGCAGCAAUACAAAUCCUGGAAGGAAAUGAGGCUCUUCAUGUUCCAGUCAAAGACUCGAAAGCGAUGUUUCAGACCUACAGGAAAAUGUAUCUGGCAAAAAGAAGCAGAAGCCUUGAUAGUAGCUGUUCAAAAUAGGUCUUCAGUCAUAAAACAACAAAAAUGCAUUUGUGAGAACUAAAUUUGUGUGUUGCUGAUCUUCAGUAUACAUUCAUUAUUUUUUGUUAAGCAAGUAAGACAUUAUGCUGAAAAUGUCAGUGUUAAAAAUGUUAUCCCUUAUCAAAUGUAUUUGAUAUUUUUUUUCUUUUUCAAACUACAGGCUUUAAUUGAAGCUAGCAGAAUCUCAGGAGCAUUUAAACCAUCCUGAUUGUUGUUUUAUCAAUAGAUCAACUGCUUUACUUUCUGGUUCUGGAAAAUCUCCUCCCCUCAGAGACUUUCCAUUGCUGGCAAUGGAAAUAUGACCAGUGCAAAGGGAUCAGUGGUAGAUUCCUAAGCGUUACAUAAUAUCUUCUAUUUAUGCUGUUCUAAUUAGUUCUGUUUUUAACAAGGCUUUCUUAUUUGAGGCUGGGUCGGGGGUGGGUGGGGGGAGAUGUUAAUAUUUUUUUUACGUGGCAGACAGAACAAUGCAACAACAAUGCAACAACUGAACCUGAGCAUACUGAUCAAGGGAUACCAUGAAGUAUUUAUGCUGCUACUCAGUUCUACUAAACUGAACUUUAUAAAACUUGUUAGAAAAUAAGGGCUUGUCUACAAUACAACUUAAGUCAAUGUAACUUACAUCACUCGGGGAUGUGAAAAAGCCACCCCCUAAGUGACGCAAGUUACAUCAACCUAAGCGCUGUCCAGGCUAGCGCUGUGUCGGCGGGAGAUGUUUUCCUGGCAACGUAUCUUCCACCUCUUGCUGAGGUGGAGUAAUUAUGCUGACGGGAGAGCACUCUCCCAUUACCGUAACGCGUCUUCACCAGAAUGUAGCGCAGUAGGUGUAGAUUAGCCCUUAAUCAGUAAUUCCUUAUCUUAACAUUGUAGUCAAGUUGAUGACCAGUUGAUGCUUUUCAUCCCUAAUUUAGGGUAAUUUUCUCCUACUUUCUUUAUAUUUGAAAGAAAAGGAGCAGUAGUUGAAUUCUAGGAAGUUUGAAUUCAUGUUGUCUAAGCUAUUACAGUCACUGGUUAAAGUGAAUAAAGUGGAUUUCUAUGUUUCUAAGCUACAUUAGCUAAUGUUUAAAACUACACACACACUGUGAUAUGGAUUAUAUUCAUUACUGUUGGUUGUUUUGUUCCUUUUUCUCACAGUGUUCAGAAUUUUGAAUUUAAUUGUAUUUUUUCAGAACUUUUGGCAUUUGAUUUUUUUACAUGUUUAAACAUUUAUACUGAAAAUAUACCCAGUGUGGAUAAUUAACUGAACCAUUUUCAUAUAUUAAAUAAACUUAUUUUGAGCAUUA